CAGAGGAGAGGUGGUUUACCGGAAGCUAAUUAUCUUAAAGAGGUUUUCAGUAAGACAGUUCUUUUCUCUACACCGCUUGUACUGUAAAUGUGAAACGGGAGGAUAUUCAUGCUUCUGAGACCGCCAACAUAUCAAACAGGACGGCGGAGACAUGACUCUGACAAGAGGAUCCUUCACAUACUCCAGUGGUGAAGAGUACCACGGUGAAUGGAAGGAAGGUCGGAGGCACGGUCUGGGGCAGCUGAAGUUCUCUGACGGAACGUGCUACACCGGGCAGUUUGAAAACGGGCUGUUCAACGGCUGUGGGGUUCUGGUGUUUCUGGACGGCUCCAGGUACGAGGGCGAGUUUGUGCAGGGGAAGUUCCAGGGCGUGGGUGUCUUUAGCCGAUUUGACGGGAUGAAGUUUGAAGGGGAGUUCAAAAGCGGUCGCGUGGAAGGAUACGGCUUGCUGACGUUCCCGGACGGGGCGCACGGCGUUCCCCGGAAUGAGGGCGUGUUCGAGAACAACAAGCUGCUGAGGCGGGAGAAGUGCCAGGCCGUGGUGCAGAGGGCGCAGGCCUCCUGCGCCGCCGCCCGCGCCCUCUCCGUAUGACCACCAGGGGGCGCUGCUCACGGCCAGGGGGGCACUCAGGGAUGGAUGACAGGGUAGCACCCCUCCCCCUCACCUCUCCCCUUCUCAUACACCCCACUCCCCACCCCUGUCCCAACCGCGUUGGGCUGGUGCUCUCCUCCACGCCCCUUCUGUCUGCCUCUCAGUGAGUAACGUUAACUUUUUGUGCUAAGAAAUCAGCGCUGCCUUGGUUUCAUUACAGGCUGUACUGUAUUCCCUCUGGGACUGUCUUGCACUGCGCACUGCUCUUCUGCACACACAAACACACACACCAGAGCUGGGAGUGAAGACCAGACCCCUCAAGACCCAAGACCAGACGAAGACCAGACCUCUUGAAACCUAGAUCCUGAACAAGACCAGGCUUGCCAGGUCUUGACCAUGGAAUAUAAACCUCGUAUUAUCUUUUUAUUUUACAUUAAAUACUUGGAGAACAAACAAUAGGUUGACCCUGUUUGCAGUGGUAGAAAAUGAACACUUACCUGUCAAAGACUAAUGUAAUUUUGAAAUUGGGCUUUCAAGAUCGUAAUGUUAUUUCUGUUGAAACCAGACUUGGUUAAAUAAGGCUGGCUACCACAUUCAACACCAGACAUUAUUAUUUGCUGCGCUAAUUUAGCUAGCUAGUUUAUAUUUUGCUAAUCUAAAACAUUGUGCUGAAGCUGAGGUUGAAUUCAUGUGUGCUGAAAAACAUCAUACACUAGCCUUUCCCAAGUAGGAAAACUGAACAAAUGGAGCUGGACAAUGUUAUGCAGAUGUUUGGCAAUGAAACUGUCUUUUGAGAACACUUACGAGAACAGUGAAAUUGAAUGUUAACCUGCACUGACAAAUCACAUUUAUGUUGUAGUUGGGCUAUCGAACAGUGAAACCCAGCUAAAUAACAAGCUUAACAAGUAAUAUUACAAGUUUGUCAACAUUGUGAAAGAGGUUUUGUACCUUGGAGCUCGCUGAACUA